AUUCACUGUGAAUAUUUACUUCCUGCUAGAAAGUUAGAAAGUAAAUAAUAGGGGUAUCGUAGUGACUCUAACUGUCCCAACGAAAAUGUAAUUGGAAACAAGGUUGCUCUUGAGAGGUUUAUGAAUUUGUGUAAAGCAUCAUGGCGGAAGCUCGAUUUGAUAAUGAUAAUAACAAUUUCCUUCAUGAACUAUUGACGAGUGCUGACUGUGAAGAAGAAAUAGAAGAUGUUUUGCAACAAUAUUUAUCAGAACCCUCAACCAAUGAAAUAGCGUUAUUACUUAAUGAGCAAAAUAUAUACGGAAAUACUCCAUUAUUGGAGUAUCUAUCUUCCAUGGAUCCAAGCUGGAAAGCUGUUAAGCAGAUCACACAAUUGGGCUGUGAUGUUAAUAUUGCCGACAAUUUGCAAAUAACACCACUAUACAAAAUAACAGCAAAACAGUUUGUUCCAAGCAGACUUCUAGAAGGCAUGUAUUUAGGCGAGUUCGAGAAAAGUAUUGUUGAACAACAAAAUGACAACGAAAGGCAAAUUAUGAAAACCUUAAUAAAUGCCGGAAGUGAAGUGAACAAGCCAGACAUUUUUGGUAGAACACCAUUAUUUCUUGCAAAUGAUAUAGAAAUAAUCAGAAUGCUUUUAGAAAAUGGUGCCAGCCUAAAUAUCAAUGACAGAUGUGGUCGAUCAUUAUUGCAUUCAAUUUUAUCCAUGCCAAAUUAUAACUAUCUAUUCAAAUUUUACAUCUCAAAAAUGAAACCAGCUGUGUUACAAAAACCAGACAUAUUUGGAUCCACACCUUUGCAUUAUGCAGCAAUUCUCCGUAAAAAAGAUAUCUUUGAUGAAAUUAUUAGGAAUGGUGAGACACUUGGUGCCAAGGAUAAUGAAGGGAAUACACCUGAAAGUAUUUUACAGUUACGUUUACCAUCUCAAACUGUAACUGUGUUACAGGAAAAACGUAUGCGGAAGAAAGUUUUGAAGAAAACCGACAUUGUUCAUUUUACAGAUAUUUACAAAAGCGGAGAUCUAUCUAAUAUUGUAUACCAACCGGGAAAGAUAGAAGAUAUAUACGAAAUUUUAAACUUACCUGGCCUUGGAGGAUCCUGGGAUGAGAAAGAAAGUGAACAAAUAAAACAGACUAUUGUCAAAUUAGCUGAAAAAAUAUGUGAUUCAAUGGGUACACUUGACCCAAGAUUCCGCUGCACACUUUUUCGAACGGGUAGUUCUGCUGAGGGAACAAAAAUUGGCGAUCCAACAGAAUUUGACUUUGUUUUUUGUCUUCAGAAUUUUUCAGAAUUAUGCGAAAUGUUUGAAGUUCCAAAAAGAAAGGGAUUUUCUGAACUGAAGGCCGUCAACACCAUUCCAGAAAACUACCAUACGUUCUUUGACAGUAACAAGAAAUGUAAUGCGUCAGAGGUACGAUUGAUAUUCUCCAAACUUCUGAAAAGAAUUGUAUUAGAUAAAAAUACAUGGGAUAUUCCAAAUAUAUUCUUCGAUGGAGACGUAAUGCAUUUACAAGAGUAUGACAGACCUGUGUUCACACUAAAACUAAAAUGGUUUGGACAGAUGUACAAAGAUGAAGAAAUAAGUCUUGAUAUUGUACCAGCCGUAAGACAAUUUGGGUGGUGGCCAUCCGAUACAGAUUUCACAAAGCUAGAUAUGGUGACAGAGCAAAUCCGGAAUGAGGGUUGUUUACUGUUACUACAGAGUCCUUACUUUCAGGAUGAUACACUAAUGAGAAUUUCGUGUUCUCCAGCUGAAAUCUGUUUAAUGAAGUCUUUGCCGGGAUACGUCCGGGAAAGUUACCGAUUAUGCAAAUUAUUACGUCACAAAUCCGUGUGUCCUCUGAUGGAUCCUGAUCCUAUCUCAGAUCAUUUUCCUCUGUUCGAAGCAGAAGAUUCAAUAACAAGUUAUAUGCUUAAAAACUGUUUCUUUCACAUUCUAAGUGACUGUAAGAAAGAGGGUUUGCUUCAAACAGACAUAGAUCUGUCGACAGAAAAACAGUAUACAAUAGAUAUAGCUGUCAAAAUCUUGCAUCACUUCGAUGACCGCAUUGUGUCACAAUCACUGCCUGUUUACUUCAUACCAAAUAGAGAAGACAUUUUCAGAUUUGGAUUCAUUGAACUUGAUCAUGUUGAUGAAGAAACUGUUACAAAGUUGAAUCAUUUUCAUUGUUUAAGGCGCAGAGCAUUUUUGAAAAUUAUGUUGCAUGUGCUUGGAAAAGAUAUUAGCAAUAAAACAUUAUAGCGUUUGCGUUUCGAGGUAUUCAAACAAAUAUUUUUAUACCACCUUGUUGGCAUGAUGAAUAAACAAACGGGAAAAUACUUGCAGAAAUUUUGUAACAUGUUACAGGUGAACUUUCUAGCUAAUGGUUUAAUAAUAAUACCAUGCAGGUAAUGCAUUACCGUGAAAGUUUUGGCUAUUGAUCAAAUUCACGAGUAUCGGUCUGCAAUGCUCAGAACCAUCUUCAGCCUAAUUAAAGACACGCGGAUAACUGAAAUAUAGACAGCUGAAGUUGUUCAUACCUAGCGGAAGGACUGCUACAAACUAUACUGCGAAUUUAAAUGUUACAGUUUAUGAUGUUUUGUUAUUGGAAUAGAUUAAUAGAUUGUCCCUUUGUGGGAUAACAAAUACAUUACCCGCAUUUUUGGAUAAUGCAUGAAGAGAUGAUAACAAAAUAUUACUGCAAUCAUUUAUUUGUUCCCGUGUUUCAAUACAAUAUGUGUGUAUUACGUAUUGGAAUGCAAAUCAUUUCGGGAAAUUAAUAGAUCCUACCUUUUUUGUCACUUCGAUGUUUACAUCUAAUAAAGAAAGUUCGUGAAUUCAGUUUCAAUUUUCCCAUCAGGAAUUAAGUUUCAAUUUUCCCUGAGGACAUUACAUAUUUAAUCAGGCUCGUAACCCAGAGUUUUAUUGUUUUGUCAUUGACAAAGCAAACAUAUUUCAGAGUUUUCGUUUUGGAUCAUGAAUAAUUGGAACAAUCUAUCGUUCAAAUACUUCCAAAUAAACUCAUCAUAAAUACCAGUUUCACUAUACACUACAUUCAAAUCUUAUUUUAAUUUUUUUGGAAAGAUUUUGAUUAAAGUCUACUAUGAGGAAUCUUUUAGAUUUUUUUUUUUAUAUAAUAAAACAUUUCAGUUUUC